AAAAGUAUCAUAGGCUCAAAUCGGAGUUUGGAUGCCAAAUCUGCAAAUUCCCAUUACGUUCUUUUGUCUUACGUCAAUUCAUUUCUUCUCUAAUCCACUCGGCCAUUUGUUAUACGUCACCGAGAAUCACUAGGGAUAUAUUACAAGUGUUGCGUGACACGGAACGAGUGAAUUUGUUCUUAUGCUUAACAGAAAAGGAGCACAAUUAAUCAAAAGAUAAACAGAGUAAGUUGCUCUCUUUGGGAGGUGUGACAAAAUCUGACCAACAGCAACAGCCAACAGCCGACAGCCUCCAUUUCUUGACAACGUGAACGCCUAGGCUGCUGCCGCGUAGAAGGCAAUCACAAGCUCUGCACAAUUGUUCUUCUUCCGGACAAAACGUAACUAUUAGAGCAGAAGAGUAGAGAGAGGAGGCCAAACAAUUUCAUUUCCGGCCACUUUCCCAUUUCACACUCCAAAACCCACAUCACCAAACAAGUUUACGACCUCAAAGUUCCUCUUUUGAUCUCCGCUGACGACAACCCUUUUGCGUUCAUCGGCAAAGGGUGUCAAAUUUGACAGCUUUUUUGGCUACACAUUUUGAUUUGCAGGCUUGCAGCGUAUGAAUUAGAAGAAGACAAAGUUAAGUCGGUCGGUCGAUAUCACCGCGUCGGCAAACGCAAAGUAGAGUUUGUUACUUCUUCUUUUUUCUUCCCUUUAAAGCUUUACAUUUGCUUUGUUUGCGUUGACUGGUUUUGGUGGGUGGAUAGGCGAACCUUCUGGCUAAGAGUUUUAAAUGUUUUUGCUUUGCGUGUUUGAAUGCAAAUCUUGUGUGGGGUUGAUCUAAAACCCAAUGAAAUAAAACCCUCUUGGGUAUUUGUUGAAAUUUUGUAGAAUCUGAAGUGUCUUAGGGGAAAAAGGUAGCUGGAAGUUUGACAAAAGGGGUUGUUUAGAUUUUGGUGAAAACCCCACCAAGAAAAUCUAAAGUUUUUUCCGAAUCGAUUUUGUUGUGGUGAUUUGUUGAUCUGAGCUGUGCAGUUGAGGGUGGUGUGAAUCUAUGAUACAAAAUCAGAUGUGAAUUGUUUCAAACUUUGUAUGUUUGUGUUUGAAUUUAGGAAUUAGGAAGUUAGGUUUUGCAGCUUCAAAGAGCGAAGAGAUCUUCUUGCGAUUGAUCAUUGCCAGUUUGAUCUUGAUUUCGCUUCUCAGUGAGUAUAAUAUUGGAAACAUUUGUAGUGUCUGUGAGCAUUUGUUGUUGUAAUUGGCUGUGCAUAUAUUAAGUUGCUUGGAGACGAGUUUAAUUGGACGAAGAAAAAGAAGAAGAAAAUGGUUGGGAGUACUGAUGGAGUGACCGAUAAGGUCUACUCAAAUGGGUUGCUUCACCACUCAAGUGAUUCUGUUGAGCAGAAGCUUGAUGAGCUUCGGCGUUUAAUGAGCAAAGCAGAAGGUGAUCCGCUUAGGAUAGUUGGUGUAGGUGCAGGUGCUUGGGGAAGUGUCUUUGUUGCUAUGUUGCAAGAUAGUUAUGGUCAUUUAAGAGAUAAGGUCCUAAUAAGAAUAUGGAGAAGACCAGGAAGAUCAGUUGAUAGAGCAACAGCAGAACAUUUAUUUGAAGUGAUCAAUUCAAGGGAGGAUGUGCUGAGGAGACUGAUUAGGCGCUGUGCGUAUUUAAAGUAUGUUGAGGCAAGAUUAGGUGAUCGGACGCUUUUUGCAGAUGAGUUACUGAAAGAUGGGUUUUGUGUGAAUAUGAUUGAUACCCCUCUUUGCCCUAUGAAGGUUGUCACAAAUUUGCAGGAGGCUGUUUGGGAUGCUGAUAUUGUGGUGAAUGGGCUGCCAUCAACAGAAACUUGUGUGGUCUUUGAAGAAAUUAGUAGGUACUGGAAAGAGAGAGUAACAAUGCCAGUCAUUAUCUCUCUUUCAAAAGGUGUUGAAGCUGAAUUGGAGCCUGAACCACGCAUAAUUACGCCCACUCAAAUUAUCAAUCGAGCAACUGGUGUUCCCAAUGAGAACAUUCUCUACCUUGGAGGACCCAAUAUUGCCUCUGAGAUUUACAACAACGAAUAUGCCAAUGCUCGGAUAUGUGGAGCUGACAAGUGGAGAAAGCCCUUGGCUAAGUUUUUAAGGCAACCCCACUUUAUAGUAUGGGACAAUGGGGACCUUGUUACUCAUGAAGUUAUGGGUGGCUUAAAGAACGUCUAUGCCAUUGGAGCUGGAAUGGUAGCUGCCUUAACCAAUGAGAGCGCCACAAGCAAAUCAGUAUACUUCGCACAUUGUACAUCAGAGAUGAUUUUUAUCACUCAUCUGUUGGCAGAAGAACCAGAGAAGCUGGCAGGGCCUUUGUUGGCUGACACGUAUGUUACCCUGUUGAAAGGUCGUAAUGCAUGGUAUGGACAAAAGCUGGCGAAAGGGGAGUUAAACCUUGAAAUGGGUGAUAGCAUAAAGGGCAAGGGUAUGAUUCAGGGGGUCUCUGCUGUGAAAGCAUUUUUUGAGCUGCUAAGUCAGCCCUCUUUAAGUAUCCUGCAUCCCAAUGAGAAGAAGCCCGUUGCUCCCGUUGAGCUUUGCCCUAUCUUGAAGAUGCUAUAUAGAAUACUCAUAACUAGGGAGUUUCCGUCGCAGGCUAUUCUUCAAGCGUUGCGGGACGAGACCAUGAACGAUCCUCGGGACCGUAUUGCAAUCGCACAAACGCAUGCAUUUUACAGGCCAUCCCUUCUUGGUCAGCAGCUUUGAUGUGGAACUUCUCUCUUUUGCAUGUAAUUUUAUCAGUUCUAAACCAUGUCGUGAGAAGCACUGUUGUCGUAGUUUUCUAUAGCAUUCUGCCGGGGGAUAAUGUAUCGGGAGAACGCUUGGUUAUCGGAUUGUUUUUCCGAUGGUGAAUUUUUUGGCAGAGAACCCGGAAUUGCACUUGUUUAAAAUUCUGGCAGUUUUCAAAUUGAUGAGAUUGCAUAACAUUAGUUUUAUGGCAAUUGCUUGUAAAUCAUACCCAAAAUGUCAGAGUAGCUUACAUGGUUAAGAGUUUCGAAAUGUUUGAA